AUGCUGGGCGCAGGCUGUGUCUCGGCUUGUCUCGGGUCCGGGGGUGCCGAGGGGCCACCCCUGGCCCGGCUGUGCCUCUGGAAGCGCCUCGGCGAGGGCCCUCCCGGCGGCCUCACCCCCAGGCGGGGCGGGUGGACUUUGGAGCCUCCCGGGUGGCGGGCAGGGGCCGGGGCCCACGCGGUGGCGGGGGGCAAAGGUUUACGGGGGCCCGGCGGGGCGGCUCCCUGGUCUAGACGCCACCCUGGGCCCCCCGGGGCGUUCCGGGAACCUGGUGUGAUUGCCCGGGCAGGGCGUCCGGGGAGGGAGUGGGUGCCUCCACUCCCAGGCAGCCGGGGGUGUCAGCCUGGUACCCCCGUGACCCCAGCUCCGGGAGCAGCUCCUCUGCGGCGGAGGGAGCCGGAGCGGGUGUCCCUCCCGGUCGGGGCUGAGCUGGAAACGGGGCCGCACCUCCCGCCCCCUCCCCAGCGGCCCCCGAGGGCCCAGGGACCGAGGGGCUUCGUAUCUCCGUCUAACAGGGGUUCACUGUGCGUCACUGCCGUGAACGGGGCACCGGCCCCUGGACCCCCCACCCCGGGGCUGCUGGGCAAACCCCCUGGAGCACGAGGCGGCCAGUGGUGCAAGGGGCUGUGUGGGAAACUGAGGCAGGAUCAACCCCAGCCUGAACCCCUCUCUCUCAUUAUCUCUGCCGGCUCUGUCCCCACCCGGGGGUCCCCCUGCACCCAGGCUGAGGCUCUCCCCCCGCAGUGGCGUUCCUGCAGGGGGUGCAGUGUCAGCAGUGGUGCCAAGGCUGCGGGUGGGAGCUAUGGUCUCGCACCUGCUGCCGUGCCUCGGUUUCCUCACCUGCACAUCGGCGCCGUCUUCCGGGAGUGGGUGCCCGGGGCGGCUCGGGGCCCAUGUGGGUCGGCUGGAGAGGGGGCCGGGGCCUCGUCCACCCUCUGUGCCCCAGCGGACCGUCACCCCUCUGCUCCCCAGCUCUACGAACUUGACGGGGACCCCAAAAGGAAGGAGUUCCUGGAUGACUUGUUCAGCUUCAUGCAGAAGCGAGGGACGCCCGUGAACCGGAUCCCCAUCAUGGCGAAGCAGGUGCUGGACCUGUUCAUGUUGUACGUGCUGGUGACGGAGAAGGGCGGCCUCGUGGAGGUCAUCAACAAGAAGCUGUGGCGGGAGAUCACCAAGGGGCUCAACCUGCCCACAUCCAUCACCAGUGCGGCCUUCACCCUGCGGACCCAGUACAUGAAGUACCUGUACCCCUACGAGUGCGAGAAGCGCGGCCUCAGCAACCCCAACGAGCUCCAGGCGGCCAUCGACAGCAACCGGCGGGAGGGCCGGCGCCAGAGCUUCGGGGGCUCGCUCUUCGCCUACUCGCCGGGCGGGGCCCACGGCCUGCUCUCCUCGCCCAAGCUGCCCUCCCUGGGCCUGGCGGCCAGCACCAACGGCAGCUCCAUCACCCCUGCCCCCAAGAUCAAGAAAGAGGAAGACCCGGCCAUCCCCAUCGCAGUCCCUGGCCGCCUGCCCGUCUCCCUAGCUGGCCACCCUGUCGUGGCAGCCCAGGCAGCAGCGGUGCAAGCAGCAGCAGCCCAGGCAGCCGUGGCGGCCCAGGCGGCCGCCCUGGAGCAUUUUCGGGAGAAGCUGGAGUCCGGGGAGCCUCCUGAGAAGAAGAUGGCCCUGGUGACCGAUGAGCAGCAGCGGCUCAUGCAGCGGGCCCUGCAGCAGAACUUCCUGGCCAUGACGGCCCAGCUGCCCAUGAGCAUCCGGAUCAACAGCCAAGCCUCUGAGGGCCGCCAGGACGCGGCCGUGAGUGUGAGCAGCUCCAACGGCAGCCACAGUAUUAGCAUGUCGGUGGAGAUUAAUGGCAUCGUGUACACAGGAGUGCUAUUUGCCCAGCCGCCAGCCCCCACGCCACCCUCAGCGCCUGGCAAAGGCGGCGACAGCAGCCGGGGAAGAAACGGCGGGACCAGCAGCGGCGCGGGCGGCCAGGCGGGGCCCUCCGCGCCCCCCACAUCUUCUACCUCAAAUAACUCGUUGCCUUAACCGUGUCCCUCUCCACCCGCCUCCCCGGGAGCGCGCCAGACUGGGCAGGGGGCUGAGGUGGGCCAAGCAGGGGCCGGGAUGGCGGAAGAUACGGGUGGGAGGGGACCUAGCCACAGAGGAGCCACAGCUGACGCCAAAAAGAAAGCAGAGAUAGCUAUACAUAUAUAUAUAUAAAGAAAAUUUAAUAGAACAGGGGAAAACCAAGGAACACUUGAAUUUCUCAGGUUUCGGGCAUUCAGAGACGAACUGUGAGAGCAGUAGAGGAAAUUGGAACGAGCGAGAGAGGGAGAACUUCCCCUGGGUUUCCCUGCAGCCCGGGAGGACUCGCGACUCUGGUGUCCGCUCCGGAGCAGCUGCAAUCCAAGGCCUUUUUACCUCAUGCAUCCCUGCACUGCGUGCUUUCAUUUUUUUGUCUUUUUUUGUUGUUUUUCAUUCAUCACACACUCAUCACAUCCAGCUCCUUGUGUGAAACCCCCUGAGCCAAGAUCAGCUGAAUUUUUUCUUGUUGCUUUUGGGAAGAUUUUUUGUUGUUGUUGUUGGUUUUUUUUUUUUUUUUUAAGAAAUGGCAACAUUCAAACUAUAUCGGGUUUUUAAGAGGUUUGGGGGUUUUGUUAUGUAAAUAUUUUAUUUUAUUCUUUGAGGGGGGAAUCAAACCUUAGGAAAAGGAUAUAUAUAUCUAUAUAUCUAUAUAUUUGUGUUCAUUCAGGGAAACUGGACUUGAAAAAGCAAAAAAAAAAAAAAAAAA